AUGGAAAGGAGGGCAGUUGAUAGAGUGGCAAGCGGAGCCAGUGCAAGGUCCAGUGCUAGGUUAUCUGCUCAAUUAGACGGCCCCAUGGUUCCUCUUGCAGAUGGUGCAGCAGAGCGACCAGCCAGGGAGCGGCGGGCGCGCGAUACAGCCUCAUCUGUCUCCGGUAGAACUUAUGAGCGUGUAAGGCUGACAAAAGAUCAAGAUACUCGAGCGACUGACGACAAGACGCGGCGCGAACGCACCGAGAAAUCAGAUGGCACUGCAAGGUCUACCAUACGCAAGCGUGCAGCGCGUACCCCGAGUCCCGAAUCAGUCGAUGGAGCCCGUGUCGCCAUCAGAGAGGAACAAGAACGUGCCAUUCUAGAAGAUCUUCUCUAUGUUCUGCUCGGAUCCGCGGGUUCCUAUGUCAGCCUGGGAUCUAGUAAACAAGCAAACGAGACAACAUCUCCUCGGUACAUCAUCAACGCUGACCUCGAUCCUUCCCUCCGCGACGUGACAGAGGAAGUGUUGACAAUGGCGCAGCACUACAUUGCCGUGACCAAUUUCACUGACAGGCACGCACAAACUGAAUACGGCACAAUCAAUCAUGCACUCACAGCGUCCAUUCGCAAUCACACGGACGAUUAUCUGGUGCUGGUUGCUCAACUUGAGAAUGAAAACGCCUCCGCGCCAGCAUUCUCAUUACACUCCCUUGCCUUGCAUGCUAGACCCAUGGCACAAACACUGCAAGUGUUGUUUGACCUAAUUCAAGAUUUCGCACCUAAGAGCACAGACACGGAUGCGCCCAUUGACGAGUAUGGAGAGGAAAACAUGCAAGAUAUUCUGAAUCAACUUCAAAUGGGCACGGCUUUUGGUCCAUUGUCAAAGACGCCAAAGAUUAUCAAAGGCGGUGCUGUAUUGCAGCUCUUGACAACAAGGCUGCGCAUGCUCUCUGGAGAUCCAUUGUCGAGAGAAGUGCUCAAAAAGCUACUGAUGGACGCCUCUGUGCCUUAUACAACGAUGCUCAAUCUUUGGAUACACCAAGGCUUGAUUGCGGAUGAACACGACGAAUUUCUCAUCAAGGAACAGUCCACCUUUCGCAAAGAGAAGCUGGAGGAAGAUUUUACGAGCGAGUACUGGGAGAAGCGCUAUACAAUGAGAAAGGAUGACAGCCCGCCGCAACUACAAGAUGUCAAGGAAAAGAUUUUGCUUGCUGGCAAGUAUCUCAAUGUCGUCCGUGAAUGCAGUAAUGUCGAUGUGCGCAGCGCAAUGAUUGGUACCGCAUUGCCCAGCUCCUUUGAAGACAAUGGCUUCUUUGAUAAUAUCGAAAAGGCAUACACCACUGCAAACAGCACGCUACUGGCUUUACUGCUCAACAAGCACGAAUUGCAACCUCGACUAGCGAGCAUGAAGCACUUCUUCUUCCUUUCCCAGGCAGACUUCUUCACCGGAUUUUCCGUUCACGCUGCACCAGAGUUGGCCAAAUUUACAAAACAGGUGGCUUUAGACAAGCUGCAAAGCUUGCUGGAUGUGAGCGCCAGUUUACCCGGUACCAUAACCAAUCACGACAAGUUCAAGGACGAUAUUCGAGUGACCUUGUCGAAUGACUUGCUGCAUGAUUUGCUCAUGGACAUUAACAAUACUCAAGGUCUUGGCGAGGAUGCACUCUUGACUGGUGCAUUCUCCGAGCCAGUCUCUGCCCUUGACAAGGACGACUCUAGCAAAAAAGCAAUAUCUGGCUUCCAAGGCCUGCAGCUGGACGUCAAGGUGCCUUUCCCAAUCUCCUUGGUGAUUUCUCGCAAGGCAAUUUUCCGCUACCAGCUACUGUUUCGACACUUGUAUUCGCUUCGUCACACUGAGGACACCCUCAAUCUCAGCUGGAUUGAAUGCUCGAAGACUCAUGCAUGGCGCGCCAGAAGCACAUCACUCAAAGUUGAGCGAUGGAAGAAACGCGUCUGGACGCUGCGAGCGCGCAUGCUUGGCUUCACGACGCAGAUCAGCUACUAUUGCACUGCCGAGGUGAUUGAGCCGCGCUUUACACAAUUCAUGACGAAGCUCUCACAUGUCGAUACAGUCGAUGCCGUGAUGCAGGAUCACGUUGAUUUUCUGGAUACGUGUCUCAAAGAAUGCAUGUUGACAAAUCAGAGGCUCUUGAAGGUGUAUGCCAAGUUGCUCAAGACAUGCCUAGCUUUUGCAAGCUACAUUGUUUUGCUCUCAAAACACCUGGAGCAGGCAGACUCUGCACUCAAAGUGUACGGCAAGAUCGAUGAGGCGCAUCUAGCGACGAUGGACGAAAAGUUGUCCAAUUAUGAGCAACACUUUGAACGCACCCUUAAAGUUCUUCUCGACACCUUGAAUUACUAUGCCGGCACGGAAACAAUCAGUUUGUUGAGCUUGAUGAUGCGUCUUGAUUGGAACAAGGGCUUCAGAGAUGAUGUGCUUGAUCCAUAG